AUAAAUUAUAUUCAUGAUAAAGUUCUUUUAUCCAAAUGUCGGAACAGUGGUUUUUUACUUGCAGUAACGCAGUGAGAAACUGAAUCAAGAGACGCGUUUGACAAAGACGACCUGUAGGAAACGCAAAGGUUUUAAAAUGAUAAGAUCAGUGUUAUUUGUGAUAACUUUGAUGUGCAUGUGUGAUGUUGCCUUCGGGCAUACCAGGUACAAAUGGAUGCGCGGGUAUAAAAUUGGAUAUGGUUGUCAUUACAAAAAAUGUUGGAGUUACUGCGGAUUGUCUUGGACUAGCUCUUCAUGGUGCUAUAUUAAGCCAAACAAACGAGCAAAUCAUCGAGUGAGUUGCAGAUACAGCAGUGAUUGUGGAAAAUACAUGAAGUACAAUAAUCCGCAAUGCGCUUCAACCUGUUUCUUGUUCUGAAAAAUUAAAAAAACAGCUCGUGAAAGUUAGUUUUGAUCACUUUGUACUUUCAGAAGAAAAUAAUUAAUUGAA